GCGGGCUGGCUGAGGAGGUGGACGAGCGGGUGCUGCACGCGGCCUUCAUCCCCUUCGGCGACAUCACGGACAUCCAGAUCCCGCUGGACUACGAGACGGAUAGCGACAACAUUAGCCCUUCUCCAGUCUUCUGACACUUCUCCUGUCUUCCAUUAAUUCUCGAAGAUGGUAGAUAGUGGGAUAGCUUCUCUGACACUCUCAAACCCACUCACCAUGUCAAGGUGUGCAUCCAAGAUGUACAGUGGAUGGAAAUACAUACCUUUAAAAAGCAUCGAGGUUUUGCUUUCAUUGAAUUUGAGCUGGCUGAGGAUGCUGCAGCAGCCAUUGACAACAUGAAUGAAUCCGAGCUCUUUGGGAGGACAAUCCGUGUCAACCUGGCUAAACCUAUGAGGAUCAAGGAAGGGUCCUCCCGCCCAGUCUGGUCAGAUGAUGACUGGCUGAAGAAAUUUUCAGGAAAGACGCUGGAAGAGAAUGUAGAGGAGGAGGGGGCAGAGCCGGCCCUCGCAGAGACCCAGGAGGGUGAGCCUCCAGCUAAGAAAUCGAGGGGCAACCCCCAAGUUUACAUGGACAUCAGGAUUGGAAAUAAGCCUGCUGGUCGGCUGAACAUCCUUCUGCGAUCAGAUAUUGUACCCAUGACCACCGAGAACUUCCGCUGUCUGUGCACACAUGAAAAGGGCUUUGGGUUCAAAGGAAGCAGCUUCCACCGCAUCAUCCCCCAGUUCAUGUGCCAAGCUGGAGAUUUUACCAACCACAAUGGCACCGGGGGGAAAUCGAUCUACGGGAAGAGAUUUGAUGACGAAAACUUCAUCCUGAAACAUACAGGGCCAGGCUUGUUGUCGAUGGCCAAUUCCGGCCCCAACACCAAUGGCUCUCAGUUCUUCAUCUGUUUUGAUAAGACGGACUGGCUGGAUGGGAAGCACGUGGUAUUUGGAGAGGUCACAGAAGGGAUGGACGUGGUGCGACAGAUUGAGGCUCAAGGAAGCAAAGAUGGGAAGCCAAAGCAGAAAAUCAUUAUCUCGGACUGUGGUGAAUAUGUAUGAAUGUUUUGUACAAACCAGAGCUUCUUGGACAUGCAAGACAAGAAGUAUAUCGCCUCUCAGUCUGGAUGAUAAAGAACUGCCUUGGAGCACUGAGCCCUUCACAAAGAUGCAUUCAGAAACAAAGGCUUUUAUAUAUUCUCCGUGCUCAGAACUACUGAGUUUUUACAAGUUUAUUUUGUAAAUUUUCUUCUAGAUUUCCCCCCCUGUAAAAUUAUAGCUGUCUUUUUUACAGUUUCA